CAUGAAUGGAGGGAGAGGAAAGUGAGAGCCUGAAUGGCCCGUGGGGGCGACCAGGUGCAGCUGAAUUGAUCAUUGGCAGAGGGGGGCAGCGUUAAUAAUAGCACAUUUUAAUUAUUGUGAGAGCCUGAGAGGAGGGAGGGGGCGAAUGGCUGUGCUGGCUGGUUGUCUGGGUGUCUGGGUGCUGUCUCUGCCCUGUGUCUCUGACUUUGCUGGACUUGUUCAAGUGCGUGCUGUAGCGAUACAGUCAUCAAAGACUCAAAGUAGAUACUCCAUCCUCGGGUGCCAAAUACCCACCGAGAACCGCCCAUGGGGGUUGUUUCAAAUCCAAGGGAUUGCCAUCGCGCUGAAUUGCGGUGACACAAGCCGCAGGGACCGGUUGCACAAGUAAUUUGCGCAGGUGGAAGAAAUGAAAGUGUCCCUGGCCCCCAAGAUCAAGGAAGAGAAGGUAGAGUAGUGAAACCAACGAGUUGAGGCAGUGUUUAUUUGUUGGGGCGGGUGAAUGGGUGGAGGAAUGGAGGAUGG